GUGGGGUAGAUGGCGGCGACGAGGAAGGCAACAAGGAGGCACAGUCAGUAGCUCCCAGGCAGUGUGACCGUGCGUAAUGAUGUAUAACCGGCAACUGUGCAUCCCACUUAGUUAUUAUGUCAUAGUUGACAAUCCUUUUACGUGAAAUUUUCUUCCGAUCAUAUUAAAUAUCUAAAUACUCAAGGUCAAGGAUAACGUGAGUGCAUUACCAUCCUUAGAUUAUUUCUAACAAAAAUAUAGGGUAUAAACCUGAGAGAAAGAGGUGCAAAACGAAAGAAAAAGUAAAAUACUAUCGUACGUAGGAUCUUUAAAAAGAUUAUUAUUUGGGAUUUUUGGAGUUGGUACUACUCGGUACUGAGCUAGCAUUUAUUGCUAGUAAAUACCUUAGCCUAAAGAAAGAAGAAGAAAAAGAAGAAGGAGAAGAAGAAGAAGAAGAAGAAGUGGAGGAGGAAGAAGAGCUUGGGCUGAGGUGAAUUGGUCGAACACAGUGCUGCCAGUUGCAAGCUCUGUCUCUCUUUCUCUCUCUCUCUCUCUCUCGUUCGUUCGUUCUCACUCCAUCUAUCUAUCUAUCUAUCUAUCUAUCUAUCUAUCUAUCUCUAUCUAUCUCUUUUUGAACUGAGUCGACGCCGAAAGCUCGAUGCAAAUCGACGCCGUAUAAUAAUCAGUUCGAUGAAGAUCGACGUUAGCGUCCUCGUUAAUUUUCUUCCUAUUAAUUCUAUUUCUCUUUGUGGUGUGUCUUCUACGUGUCACGGUUCGAUAACAGCCAGAUGAACGUCGCCGACCUCAUCAGCAACACCAACAGCAACAGCAGCAUCAUCAUCAGUAACGUUGGCGUGUACCUGGAAAGUUAUAGUACCAUAGGAAGUACGUCGUUCUCUGAAACGCUCCAACGCUCUGCCGGAUGUCAACGAACUCCUCGUAGAGAAGAAAAGGAAGAAGAAGAAGAACAAGAAGAAGAACAAGAAACUUUCUCGUGCAUAACAGAGAAAGAAGAGCUGGAGUUUAACGGCAAGGUUAUCAAAACGAUUCCUAUCAAUUUAUUCGAUGGAGAUGAUUGUUUUGGUUUUAACACAAAUACAACGACCGCAACAUUUUCCACUAUAUCAUCGCUACAAAGUAGCUGAUUAUUCGAUCUAAAAUCAAUGAGAUAGGUCAUUGACUUAUGCACAUGCGGCUAACCGAAUCUUCGAACGACUAACAAACGAUUGGUACAAGAAGGCUAAAUCGAUGUCCAACUGACGGAUGCGCGCGAUCCCAUUGGCGAACGAGUUUUCAGGAAAAUGUCUCAGUACUCUUCGUAGAUAACAAGAAGAACGUUUGUUUGGAAGUAAUUUAUGAUAUGAGAAGAUUUUGAAACUUUUGUAGGAUACGUCGUAAUUGUACUUUUUGAUAAGAAUACUUAAGGUUUUUUUUAAGAAAAUUUACAAGUAAAACUGUGCAAAGUUAGAUAUAAACAGGUUCGAAUAAUAGUGCCUGCUAAAGUGUUUAAAGAAUAGGAUUACAUAGUGCUAUUAUAUUUCGCAGAAAGGAGAAAAAGAAAGGAAAGAGAGCGAGAGAAAGAGAGAGAGAGGGAGAGAGAGAUUAGAGGAAAGAAAUUUUAAGUAAAAGUCUAGUAACGUUAGAAUACUGGUGAGUUUUAGUCAAAAUUUGCUGGACGAGUGGCGGGGUAAUUACCGUUCUUUGCAUGGAGUGAUGAGCGGGGCCCCUGCACGGGGCACAGUGCCCCGACGUCAAAGACGCCAUCAUCAUCAUCAUCACCACCAUCAUCAUCAUCAUCAGAAACAUCCAAAACACGCUCGGAAAGAGCCUUCCGAGGAAUUGGAAGAAAAACGACCAAAGGUCAACCCGAUAUUCCUCUGGGCGUCUCAAAGAGAACAGAGGAUAGUCGAAGUUAGAUGCGAGGAUUAUGACAAGAGAAAUCGCAUUAAAUUGACGAAGACUGCGCAAGGAUGGCGUUCAAUACCGAGAACGACAUCCAAUAUGUAUUCCACCGGUCUCGGUACGAAUCAAGAAAAAAAAAUUACACCGGCGUGCACGUCGUCGAGUUCAAACUCGAACGAAGAAAAGGAAAAUGGGAAGACCGUGACCGCAACUAGCAUUAAUAAUAAUUUAAUAAUCGAUAAAGAAAGUAUCGGUAAGAAGCGUAGAUACGAAGACUUUUUGAAAGACAAGAAAUAUUCUCAGGAUUAUUACCCAUUGGAAAAUCUUCAAAAUGGAGUACGAGUCAGUAACGGGGAAUGGAAAAGGAAUCGAAGAAGGGUCUCCUGUUCGGAGGGGGAGGAGGAAGAGGAGGAAGAUGAGGAAGAGGAUGACGACGACGAUGAUGAAGAUGAAACCGAAGACGAAGAGCAAGAUGACGGGAGAAAAAAGAGUAGGUCCUUCGGAUCUAUGAAUUUGAAGAAUACCAACGGUAAAAGCAAUCUCGAAAGAUUGCAAAAGGACAUACACUUUCAACCGAGAGUAGUCCUAGAACAUCUUCACUUAUCUCAGCUACCUGAUCAUCGGGAUGCUCUUUUACGAAGGAGUGAUAAGAUCCUGAACGGUCUUAAGGAAGUCGGUGACACAUGCAACGAUGACGAGAAGGAUAGAGUGGAAGAUAAAGAACCGAACAACGAAAGACAGAAUGAAGAUAUCGACGGUGAGGAAGACGAAGAAGAUGAGGAUAAUGAUGAAGAGGACGAAGAGGAAGAGGAGGAAGAAGAAGCAGUGGAAGAAGAGAUUAAUGAUAGGAACAAAUGUCGAGAAAAUAAAGAGGGUAUUCAAGACAUAUUAAAUAUGAUAGAUGCCACAGCCUCACCCGUUUUAGCAACCGACACGCCCAGUGCCGACUUACCUAUGCAUUCUAACAAAACUUUCGAAUUAGUUUUGAGCGAGAACGUAUAUCAAAAGAAAAUUAGCGAUAAGAAGAGCAAAGACUUGGAUCCUGCCUUACCUAGUACGGUAAUAAAAAAUAAAUCAAGGACAGACUUUAUAUCCAAUUAUCAAAAAGAAAAUGUUGAAAAUAAUGAUAAUAUUAAUGAUUGUGAUCAAUUAGAAGUACACGAGGAGAAGAUACUCGAGCGUUGCAAUUUAAAUCUCGACGAAAGAAAAAGUCAUUUAUCAAAAGAAUCAACUUUUGUUGCUUGCAAAAAUAAUAGUAGUAGUAGUAGCAGUAGUAGUAGUAGUAAUAGUAAUAAUAAUAAUAAUAGUAGUAGUAUCGAUAUCAAAUCUUGCAAAGUGGCAGAAGCUGACGGUGGUAUUAGUCGUUCCAAAUCUGAAUCGAAUUCUCUCCUUCAUAAAUGGAAAAACAACGUAGCUAUGAACGUAUCGAAAAUAAACGAGGAAGCACCUAGCGAACCCGGUGGACCAACGAAGAUAGAUUACAGUAGUAGUUCAACGAUAUUGAACGCCCUUAGAAAUACUCCAGGACUUUCAGUUUCCAUAACGAGAGCUCAUCCUCAAGAAGUAACCAAAAAUAUAAACCCACCUUCCUCCAGACCCUCAUCGAAAAGUUCCUCGUCGAGCAGAUCACCCGAUAGUCAGGCAGAAAACGUAGAAAGACUUUUGAAAGGUACCAUGAUCGAUUACUCCUCAACGAGAUCGUUCGAUGUCCGUGGUCAAGCAUUAAAUUUACCUCGAAACCUUCCAGGUUUGUCGAUCGUCAUACCGAAUUAUCGUUAUCGUAACGUAUCUAAUUCACAGUCAACGACGAGUUCGACCUCACCAAAAACCAAGGACAGAGUGGAAUCGCCAGAGAGUACUGUUAAUUUUCCAAAAACUGACUUCCCACAUGAGGAGGAGGAAGAAAGAGAUCUCGAGGACGACGAAGACGAUUGCGAUUCACAAGUUUUGGAAGAUCUUAGAAGGCAAAAAGUUGAUUCUUUAGUUUUUGAUAGCGUCGAUAGUGGUUGUUUUCAUAGAUCAAAUUCUAGGAACAAUCAGGAUGAUCGCAAUACUCCUAUAGAAAAUGUUAAGGAUCGUACAGAUGGUAGUGCAUGGAACGGUUCCGGUCGUAGUAGCGAAGCUCAAGCAAAGUGCAAGUACCAGGACGUGGAACACUUUGAUGAACAGGUCCUCGAAGAACUUAGAUCUCGCGGUACAGUGGUUUCGCCUCAACCCAGUGGUAUUCCGUGUUCGCCUGCCUCUAAAAGGCCAUCUUCGGUAUACUUGGAAAGACUGUUACCAAGCCCACCUUGUUCGGUGUCCUGUUCUGAAGAUGCUAAAAACGAUUUGACUUUAAAGGGUAUUUUAUCAUCCCCGAGUUGUCUUGAAAAUAAAGAUUACGAUAGAAACAGGGAAAGUACGUCAAAUCGAUGCGAGCCUGGAUCAAACGAAUAUACGGCUACUACUCCUCGGUCGGAUUAUUCCAAAGAUAAUGAAAGAUCCAACGUUGGUGGUACGCGUAGAACUGUACGAACUUUUCAAGAACAUUCUAACGUACAAAAUCAAGAGAUGAAGAAUUCGGGAAGACUAAUGUCGAAUAGUGAUAUUCAAAGUAGUCUCUUUAUAAGCGAUCGUAGUACAGCGAAGAAACCUAUGUCGGCCGAAUGGACGAUUAAUCGGUUAAGAAAACAAGCAGGUUAUCAUAAAAUAUUGGUAAGAUCUAGAAUGCAAUCGACGGAGUAUCAAGAGGGUUACGCGACGUCUACCAGUACGGACAAGCUUUUGGACCCGGCCAGUCAACUUAGAGAGUUGAUAGAAACAUCCGGUCAUUUAAUACCUGAUCCCCUUUUAGUACCACGUGACUAUCUUCCAGCUUUGGCCGCUGCCCCGGCUACCGAAAUUCCGAAACUUUUAGCCUCGAGGCCAGAAUUAAGAUUACCAGAAGCAUUGACGAGACCGGAUCUAUUAAGAGAUCCAGAUUUAUUAGUGAUAUCGUUGAGUCAUCUGCAACACGUGCUCGAUCACGGAGAAGGUCCUGUCUCCAGGUCACGACAAUCCCAAUCUAGGAUCGGCAACGGCGUUAACAAAGGAUCAAGUCACGCUAACAACAACGGUACCAGGAACGGUACACAAAUAAGGCCCAAGCUUAGUUGCAAGCCCAUCGGCACGCUGAUGCCGGCGCCAAUCGAUCUCUCCAGCAAUCGCCGCUCCAGCCCCUAUCCGCCAUUACUCAGGGUACGAACUGGAUUGCUCAAACAGGAACCGGAAGUCAGUUCGACGGCCAACUCGCCGGAUGAUUCGCAACUUUGGCAUCCCCUUUUUGGCAGUCAGAAGAGGCAAUUACAACAACAGCAACAAAUUCAGCAGCAACAUCAACAGCAUCAGUAUCAGCAUCAGUUUCCACAUCCACAUCAGCAUCAAAAUUCACAUCAGCAUCAAAAUCAACAACAACAGCAUCAACAUCAACAACAUCAACAUGCAUCGUGGCAUAGAACUACUUUAGCGUCCUGACCGUUACGACCAUAACCUUGACCAAUGGUCGUCUUUAACCAAUAGCAUUCAUCUUAAUGCAUAAAAGAGAUAGGAAAAUAAAAACUUUUCGCUAUGUUGCUCGACUAGGAGAAGAGAAAAAAAAAUUUUAACGAUUUUCAACUCUAACCUAAAGCGUUAGAAACGAUAGGAAAACAUUGGCGUAUAGGAACGAUUAUGUAUUUAUAAGAGUACUGAUUAUUUUAAUGCAACGUCCAAACGUAGCUAAAUCGAUCAAUAAUGAUUGAUCAACGAUCUUUGACAUUGUUAUUCUCAGCAGUUAAUUUCUUCUUAUUUUUAUUUUCUUUUCUUUUUUUUUUUCUUUCCUAUUAUUCGUUGGGACGACAGUGCAA